AAAUAGUAACGGGCGUUUUCGCCGUUUUUAACUGUGUUCUUGAGAUUAUACCAAAUUUUGCAUUGGCAUAGCUCAACCUGUGCACGUGCGUGGCCGUGCCCGUGCGCGCGGCCGUGGUCUGAGGAGACUCUGACCUGCUCGAGGACACGCGGUACCGCUCUCUGGCACGGCUAGCAUGGGAGACGAACUGUUUACCGGACUUUCAAGUUUACUGAAGAAAUAAACAACUUAGGUUCCGAUCGGUGGAUUAAGAGCAAAGGACAGAGGAAAAUGUCCCUUCAUUGAAGAAACAUCAGUUGUGAGUCGCUGUUGUACAGGUUCAUCCCUUACUGUUCAGGUACAGUCGCAGGAGGAGAAACCGUGGACGCUUCCCACCGGAUUCACUCAUGGAUGUCACCCUAGACUUACCCUGCAGAUGCCCUCGCUGUGGCCAGGGCAUCUUCAAAAUGAAUAGGACCAAGCUGCUCGGAGUGCUGAUGUUAGCCAAUUUCCUCAUCUACAUCAUGGUGGAAAUGUUCCUAAGCAACGGGAAGGUCAUCUCCAAGCGGGAGAAAAUGAUGCCCAAAGUGUUCUGGAAGAUGGCAAAAGUCAGUAAGGCGUUCUGGAAUCGGGAGCAGGAGCGUUUGGACGACAUCUACUACCUGCCCCUUACGAAUGGCAGCGACCUUCCUCAUGACUUUCGGGGAAUCCCGCAUUGGCUGAAUCACUCAAGCCCGUGCCGGCCAAACGACAAAGUGCUGACAGAGAUUGAAGACUUCAGUUCCCUACCACAGCGAUUCCAGGAUUUCCUAUUGUACAUGGGAUGUAGGACGUACCCGUUGAUAACGGACGCGCCCAACGUGUGUUUGGAGCCGCCGUACCUUUUGUUUGCGAUAAAGUCCAUCGCGCCACAUUUUGACCGCCGGCAGGCCAUCCGGGAAUCAUGGGGUCGCGCUGGUGUCCUCGACGGCCAGCGCAUCGCCACGGUCUUCCUACUUGGGAACACGACUGCGACGGACCACUUCCCGGACUUGUCGGAUAUGGUCAAGCACGAAGCGGCGUUGUACGGCGACGUUGUGCAAUGGGAUUACCGGGACUCGUUCUUCAACCUCACCUUGAAAGAAAUCCUUUUUUUGGAGUGGUUUGAGGCACGUUGUGCUUCUGCUCAAUUCAUCUUCAAAGGCGACGAUGACGUUUUCGUCAACACGCACCAUAUUCUGACCUACCUAGGCAACUUUUCGACGUCCAGCACAAAUGAUCUGUUUAUUGGUGACGUGAUCACUAGUGCCGGCCCACACCGGAGCAAAAACCUCAAGUAUUAUAUCCCUGAAAGUGUGUUUCUGGGGGGUUACCCUCCGUACGCAGGUGGCGGAGGCUACCUGUAUUCAGGAAAUUUGGGACUGCGGUUAAGAAAGAUCUCUCGUCUGGUCAUGUUGUACCCGAUUGACGACGUGUUCACGGGGAUGUGUCUGCAGAGACUGGGAUUGGUACCGGAGAAACACGUGGGCUUCAAGACUUUUGACAUUGAGCAGAAAAACAGAGAGAAUCCAUGUGCUUACAAAAGUUUGAUUCUGGUCCAUCCCAGAAGCCCACAGGACAUGAUAAAGAUCUGGUCUUGGAUAAAUGACCCGAAAGUGAACUGUACCUAUGUACCUACACCGGACAAGAAAGUCAGUAAGCGACACAGCAAAAGAGCUCAUUAUAAUCAGUAAUGCUGUCUACACCGAAGAGACAACGACAGUAUAGACCCUUUUACAGUUGGUAAACAUGGUGACGUUUUUUUUGUGGGCGGAGCUUAGGUGGAAGCAGAAAGAUCCA